GAGCGUCUGUCUGCGCCGACCUGGAAGGUAGCGGCGGCUCCUCUAGCUAGCCUUCCCCAGCUUGGGAUCCCCAGCGCACCGCAGCCGGUCGCUCGCCGGUCCCCGUCCGCGUCGCGCGUCCCGGGCGCUGCCCCAGGUGCUCUCUUCACCAUGAUUCCCUGCAAAGCGGUGCUGACUUUUGCGCGAUGUCUGAUCCGGAGAAAAAUCGUCACGCUGGACAGUCUAGAAGAUUCCAAACUCUGCCGCUGCUUGACCACCAUGGACCUCAUCGCCCUGGGGGUCGGAAGCACUCUCGGAGCUGGAGUUUAUGUCUUGGCUGGGGAAGUCGCCAAAGCAGAUUCUGGCCCCAGCAUCGUGGUGUCCUUCCUCAUCGCCGCCCUGGCUUCAGUGAUGGCAGGCCUUUGCUAUGCUGAAUUCGGGGCCCGAGUUCCCAAGACUGGGUCUGCGUAUCUGUACACAUACGUCACGGUUGGAGAACUGUGGGCCUUCAUCACUGGCUGGAAUCUCAUCCUGUCAUAUGUCAUAGGUACAUCCAGUGUCGCAAGAGCAUGGAGUGGCACCUUCGAUGAACUUCUUAACAAACAGAUCGGUCAGUUUUUCAAGACGUACUUCAAAAUGAAUUACACCGGCCUGGCGGAAUAUCCAGACUUUUUUGCUGUGUGCCUUAUAUUACUUCUGGCAGGUCUGUUAUCUUUUGGAGUAAAAGAGUCCGCGUGGGUGAAUAAAUUCUUCACAGCUAUUAAUAUCCUGGUCCUUCUCUUUGUAAUGGUGGCCGGGUUUGUGAAAGGAAAUUUGGCUAACUGGAAGAUCAGUGAAGAGUUUCUCAAAAAUAUAUCAGCGGGUGCCAGAGAACCACCUUCUGAGAACGGAACAAGCAUCUAUGGGGCGGGGGGCUUUAUGCCCUAUGGCUUCACCGGAACUUUGGCUGGUGCAGCAACUUGCUUUUAUGCCUUUGUGGGCUUUGACUGCAUUGCAACAACUGGUGAAGAGGUCCGGAAUCCCCAAAAAGCUAUUCCCAUCGGAAUAGUGACUUCCUUACUGGUUUGCUUUAUGGCCUAUUUUGGGGUUUCUGCAGCUUUAACGCUUAUGAUGCCUUACUACCUCCUGGAUGAGAAGAGCCCCCUUCCUGUAGCAUUUGAAUAUGUUGGCUGGGGUCCCGCCAAAUACGUGGUUGCUGCAGGCUCCCUCUGCGCCUUGUCAACAAGGUACAUGUCUUCUUGGAUCCAUUUUCCCAAUGCCUCGUGUAAUCUAUGCUAUGGCGGAGGAUGGGUUGCUUUUCAAAUGUCUAGCUCAAAUCAAUUCCAAAACGAAGACACCAAUAAUUGCUACUUUGUCAUCGGGUGCAGUGGCAGUCUUCUGGGUUCUAUGUUCCCCUUACCCCGCAUUCUGUUUGCCAUGGCCCGGGAUGGCUUACUGUUUAGAUUUCUUGCGAGAGUGAGUAAGAGGCAGUCACCCGUUGCUGCCACGUUGACCGCGGGGGUCAUUUCUGCUGUGAUGGCUUUCCUUUUUGACCUGAAGGCUCUUGUGGACAUGAUGUCCAUCGGCACCCUCAUGGCCUACUCUCUGGUUGCAGCCUGUGUGCUCAUCCUCAGGUACCAACCUGGCCUGUGUUAUGAGCAACCCAAAUACACCCCUGAGAAGGAAAUUCUGGAAUCGUGUACCUGUGCGACGUCAAAAAGCGAGUCCCAGGUCACCAUGAUACAAGGACAGGGUUUCAGCAUCCGAACCCUCUUCAACCCUUCUGCCCUGCCCACACGACAGUCGGCUUCCCUCGUGAGCUUCCUGGUGGGAUUCCUGGCCUUUCUCAUCUUGGGCAUGAGUAUUCUAACCACGCAUGGAGUCCAGGCCAUUGCCAGACUGGAAGCCUGGAGCCUGGCUCUUCUCGCCCUGUUUCUUGUUCUCUGCACGGCCGUCAUUCUGACCAUUUGGAGGCAGCCACAGAAUCAGCAGAAAGUAGCCUUCAUGGUCCCGUUCUUACCCUUUCUGCCAGCCUUCAGUAUCCUGGUCAACAUCUACUUGAUGGUCCAGUUAAGUGCGGACACUUGGGUCAGAUUCAGCAUCUGGAUGGUGCUUGGCUUUCUGAUUUACUUCGCUUAUGGUAUUAGACACAGCUUGGAGGGUAACCCCAGGGAUGAAGAAGAUGAUGAAGAUGUUUAUUCAGACAACAUUCAUGCAGCAACAGAAGAAAAAUCCACCAUGCAAGCAAACGACCAUCACCAAAGAAACCUCAGUUUACCUUUCAUAUUCCAUGAAAAGACAAGUGAAUGCUGAUGCUGGCCCACAGUUUUACCACACAUAGCUUACAAGGAGUGAACUAUGGCAGGAUGUCACCAUCAUGCUGGGAUGUCAUGGGUUUGCUGCAGAGAUGGUCCACCUAACUUAUAUUUCCUCCUCCAGACAGCUUCUCUUCAGAUGGUGAAUUAUGGGUCUGGGGAAACUGCCUGAGCGCACUCCUCAGCAAUGAGUAUCCCCAAAGUAAUGUGUCUGUGUGCGUACAUAUGUGUUUGGGAAUGUGGGUGUUAAGUGUCGUUGGUUUUUAUUACUAUGUGGCAUUGUUCCAGCGUUGUGAUGGGUGAGAUACUGCACAUACUAAUAUAGAGUAUAUUGCCCAAUAGAAGUGUAUUCUGUAUAUUUCCUAGGUAGUUAAGAUAAUAGUGAUGGUUUUCCUUGUUAGGUCUGUGACUGUCAAUUUGGACAUACUGAAGAUGUAGCCACCUUUCAGAGGUUUAGCAGUGGUCAGGAGUGGGGAGGGGAUAAGGAAUGAGCCUUUUCAGUAGAUUACAGUGCCUCCGUAGAGUUUUUACACAUCUUCUUCUCCUACUUGCUAGGACAGUUUACUAAAACUUCAGCCUGGGGGAGUGUUUUUUCUUCAGAAUGACAGGAUGGAGAGAGAGAGAGAGUCUGUGACACCAGAUGGUCACUCCUGUUUGUGAGAGCCUUGAUCCUUACAUACAACACUUCCACCUGCUAUAAGUGAUAUGCUUCCCCAACCCCAACCCCACUGAGGACUCAGGAGAGGUACCAGGGCCUCCUUGGGACCCUUUAAGCCAGAGAAUGAAGGUGGUCCCACGGCCCGAAGACCAGAGGCGUAGACAGAGGCUCAGAUAGGCUUUCUGUUUUUAAAAGUGAAUGAAGACAGUCCAGGUCCCCAUGUCACACAUUUGGUGGAAUGGUUCAGGUUGUUCUCCGUUACUAAGCACCCGAUCACAGCUCAGCGGCUGUCACUGCAUCAGCCACUCUUCUGCUUCUGCUGGUUUCUCUGAUCUAGAUGGAAAGGGACACGGUAGCAAAUUCUAUCUUCACAGUGUACAAAGAAGAAAAAGAAGA